UUCGACGUCCAACAUCCCGUCGCCCUCAUCCUCUCGCCUGAUUCACGCCAACUUGCUUACACACCCUUUGAUGAGCCCAACAUAUAUAUAUGCAACAUUCCACCCAACAUCCUCGCUAGUAUCAGUAAACCUGACCGUCAACGCCUCGCCAAUAAGCUACUCAACUCCGACGCAACUCGUCACCGUAAACCAGUGAUAUUGCCUGUAAUAUCUCCCAUCCCCCGCCCGCCACGACCUCCACCUACAAGGGACACACGUUUCCCCCGCUUUCUACGCAACCUCCUUCCUUCCUCUUCUCGUACGGAUGCAAUCCGUCCUAUUCGCACCGAUGGGCUUCGUAAUCCCCUAGACUUCCCUGCUACAGCGCCGCUACCCCGUUCACAUAUAAAUCUCCACGAGGACUCCCAGCCCCCGCCAGUACCGCCCACUACCCAAUCCUGGUGGCCCAUUCGGACAGGUCGGGCAUCACCGGCUAUUGUCGAGGUUCCUCUCGCACAGGGUAAAGAGCGGAACGCUUCAGCCGAUGCUCCCGCCAAAGACGAUGAAUGGAUUGCUGAUGAUGACUACGUUUCUCCUCCUCCUUCACCGAAUCCCGAUUCACAACGACCACCCACAGCAGGGCAGAUCGAUACUGGAGAGCACGGAAGCGCUCGCUUGUGUUUCUGCUGUUAGACUGACUUUUCCAACGGUACCAUAAUGACAUCGUGGACGAAGAUUAAAAUCGCAAAGUGUAUUUUUACAGACAGUAGGGUGUAUAUCCAUUUGCUGGUGAUUUAGCUUGCUGAACGGUA